CGUACCAAUCAGUUGUUUGUUGAUUUUCUUGCGUGAAAGGGCAGAGUAAAUAUAAAUAAUAUACAUUUCACUUUUAUUUUAAUCGUUGGUGAUUUAAUUAUUAACACGCACGGAUUGACUACAAUUAAUUGUCUUGAAAAUCAAAAAGAAAAAAAAAAUGUUGAAGAAUCUUUUUAUCAUGGGCCUUAUUGGUGUGAGUUUAGCUGAUGUAAAACCAGCAAAAGAUACUCGUGUACCACGUCAGUAUGUUUCUUAUGAUGAUUCAAAAAUUGGUGAAUACGCAUUGGUAGAUGUUGCAACAUUACCACUUGAUAAUUAUCCAGCUCCAUCAAAUCAACCACGUCCCAAGGCUGGUUUUAGUGUUGGUGGUGGAUUGGUGUCAAUUGCACGUGGUUCAGCUGAUCAAGCACGUACUGCUGUUGCAAAUCAACACUCAGCUGCUGGACAAGCUGCAUUUGUUGCAAAAAAUCAACUUGCUCAAUCAGCUCAACAAUCAGCAGCAACUGCAUCUGCUGCAUUAGCUGGUAAACAAAUAAUAUUUAUGGGUCUUCAACAACAAGUACGUGAUGCUAAAACAGCACUUGAUGGUGAAAAACAACAAAUGGUACAAGCAGCAAGAGCUGCACAAGCUGCUAAAAAUUCAGCACAACAAGCAAUGCAUCAAGUACAAGUUAUAACAGCAGCUUUAAAUGCAGCACAAGCAACACAAGAUCAUGCAGCACAGGCUGCUGCUGAAGCUGCUGCUGAAUUAGCAGCACAAACAGGAAUGGUUGGUCAAGCAAAAUCACGUUUACAUGCACUUGAAGAACAACUUGAAUCAGCACGUAUUGAUUUUGAAGCAACACAAUCAGCAACAAAUAAAGCAACAGCAGCAGCACAACUUGCACAAAAUAAUGCUGCUGCUGCUGCUGCACAUGCUGCUGAAAGUGCUGCUGCUGUAUCACCACUACCAUCAGUUGCUGAAGAAGAAGAAGGACCAGCAGAACAAUCAGCACAUCUUCAAAUUGGAUCAAUUGAAGAUUAUGAAGAACCAAGUAAUCAUGAAUCAAUUGUACAAACACCAGUACAAUAUUCUGAUGAACAAGAACAAAGUGCAAUUAUUUAUAGAAAUGCACUUCAACAACCAGCAUCAGAUAAUAGUCAACAAUCAUAUGGUUCACCUUAUGAACAACCAGAAACAUAUGGAGAUUAUAAAACUUAUUAUUAAAUUUUAUUUUUUAUUGAAAUAUGUAAUUUUUACAACAUAAAUAUAUUUUUUACAGACUUUUUUAAGUCAUUUAUUAAUUGACAAAUAUUAUUUUUCAUAUAGAAAAAUAAAAAUAUUGUUUUUAAAAA